GGCCCUUGACUGUCCCUGCAGUCACCAAUAAACUGAAUUAGAGGAAGCUCCCAGCAGUCACAUGCCCAUUCUAGCCAACAGCCACACUAUGAUCAGAGAAUGGGAGACUUUCUAUCAGAAAACCAGAAAGCAGGAGGCUAAAGAUCAAAGGGCCCAAGGAAGGAGCCCUGAAGAGGAGUCAGAUAAGCAUAGGAUGUCCCUCAAAGUACUGCACGCAAGCGAUAACUUGCAGGAUAGAAACCUGCAGUGCUGCCAGGUGGGCCUGUGCUCCGCUUCGCCCUUGAGGAUAUGGUCCAGACAGCAGAAGCCAGACCAACACAUCGCCCUCGGGAAAUACUCCCCCUUGGAGAAGGAGAUAUUACGUCUAGGGGGCGUUCACACCAUCGCAGCAAGGAGGUUUCUGAAGUACAAGCAAGAGGAAGAGAGGCUGAUGCUCAAAGAGCUCCGCCUGCUGUCCUCAGAUUACAAACGGGCCAUGGAAUACAAGAGGCAACACCCCCCCUCCUGCACCUGUGACGGGCCUCUGGAGAAAAUAUGGACGGCGAAAGUGACGGUGGCCACAGAGGACUUCCAGAUGCCGCCGCGAGAGAGGCUCACCGUCAGCAGACACGUAGAAAGGAUGCAGCUCGCCCGGGGCCUGCGAAGUGCGCACAUUUUGCCCAGCAUGGAAAAGUGCAGGGAUCCGUGGCCCCUGCCUGGAGAGAGCCAGCGCCCAGAGGCACAGGGCCACGCCCGGGAAGAGGAGGAGGGGGGUGACGCUGCUCCCGUCGAGGAGGCCAAGCAAGAGGAGGAGGACCAGGCAGAGGAGGAAAGCACAGAAAGACAAAACACAAACAUGAAGGUGAUUUUCAAGGCAGGAGAACCAAAGAAACCGCUAACCUGCUGUCUAGGUGACCGGAGGCCUUUCCUGCCCUCGAAGCGGGAGCGGUGCAUCACGGGUUUAACGAAUCGGAACCUUUUACGCGUGGCUGAAUUCCCUGGAGACCUGAUGCUGAUGAAUCAGGAUUUAAUAUCACAGGGUUCCGUCCCCAGAGAUGGGGCGGAGACCUGCUUCCUAGGGAUGUGGAGAGAGAGCUUGUGCAGAGCUGCCUCUCGGGAUGACUAAAGCGGUAUUCACCCCGUGGUAAGCGAGUGUCCUGGUCCUUGCACCCCUGCAGCUCAGGCCCUGGCACACUCCUUCCUCGUUUUCUUUUGGGACCUGACCUCCAGGGGCUUCCAGACAAAGCCUAGCUGCUGAGGCUUCUUUUUCUCAGGAAACUUUGCUCUCAGUUCCGACCCUCACCUACCGCCCCGGCCUUCCCAAGGGGUCAGCUCCUCCUUCCUGCCUCAGAGGGUAAAUGGAGUCCAUCAGGCUUUUCAC